AUGUCACUGAAGCAGGAAAUCGAGACUUGGGUCGAGGCAAUUGCUUUCUACGACAACAACGACUUUGACUCAGCGCUGAGGACCUUCGGCAACAUCCCGGAUACAGCAAAGAUACUCUUCAACUGUGGGGUCAUACAUGCUACGCUGGGCGAACACAAGAAAGCGGUCCAAUACUAUCAACGGGCGAUCCAUCGGGACAAUUACCUUGCAAUUGCGUACUUCCAACAAGGCGUUUCGAAUUUCCUGAUUGGUGAUUUCGAGGAGGCAAUGGCCAACUUCAACGACGCGCUCCGCUUCUUGAGAGGAAACAGAUUCAUCAACUAUGAGCAAUUGGGCCUGAAGUUUAGACUGUACUCGUGCGAGGUACUGUUCAACAGGGGACUAUGCUCUAUAUACAUACAAGAGAAAGAGGCUGGAAUGGAAGAUUUGCACAUUGCAGCCAAAGAAAAGGAGAAACCGGAUCAUGAUGUUAUUGACGAAGCUAUUGCGGAGGAAGCUGAGGGCUACACUGUCUUCUCCAUUCCCGUCGGGGUAAUAUACCGGCCAAACGCUGCCAAAGUGAAAAAUCUGAAGACUAAAGACUAUCUGGGGAAGGCAAGAUUAAUAGCCGCGUCUGAGCAGGGCAACACUUUCGCUGGGUCAGCGAGUGCCGACACAAAAGCACAAGCAGCUGCAAUAAACAGAAGCGUGGACGACCGUCCCCCAAACACCAUAUCUUACGGCGCCUCCCACAUGGUGAAGCCAAACCUAUACAGCAGAUCAAGACAGCAAUCUGAACCACCAGUCCAUCGCAACAUGUUUCCACCCACACCACCACCAGAAAACGACCAAAUCCGUCCCGCUUUCAUGGUAGCCUCAACAUCUCCACCUGGCAACCCACUUUCUCAAUCUCGAGCAUCCACUCUCACCAAUACCCCGCCCUCCAAGCCCGUCCGCCCCGAACCUCUCAACCUCGAAGCAAUCACCCAAGAAAAGCCCCGCAUAGGCACCACCCGCACCGCCUCCGAGCCUCGCGGCCCCUCCUCUCGCCGCCUACAUAUCCACCGCGAGCGCGACCACUCCGGGCGGCCUCGUUUGUUUGGGGAAACCACCCCUCACCGCCCGCAUUCUAACGGCGAUGAAGCGGACCUCGACGAGUAUCCCGAGGAGCUCUAUUCAAUGGACCCGCGCACCACCCGCCAGCACAGCUCCCCUCAAAAGCCUCGCUCUUCGCACCAUUACUCCUCUGAUACCGGUAGCCAACGGCAGCGGAGGAGCGGCCGCUCGAAAAGCAGGCAGAGGAGAGAGCAUUACAGUAUAGACGAAGAGCCAUCUGAAGAUCCCGGCACGGCAUCUACGACGUCCUCGCUCGACGAGUACGAAAUCCUACAUAACGCCGGUGGUGGGCUUUCUCGCCCUCGCGGCCAAUCCAGCAGCAGAAGGGGCACCUCCCACUCAGGUCCAUAUGUCUACCGAUUGAAGGACGUAAGAGUGAAAGUCCACUGCGGGGAUGAUGCGAGGUUUAUAAUGCUGACGCCUGAUGUGGCGUUUGCCGCCUUCGUGGACAAAGUGAGGGAGAAGCUUCACCUGAAGGGUGGGUUCAAGUGCAAGAUACAAGAUGAGGGCGACUUGAUCACUAUGGGGGAUGGAGAUGAUUGGGACAUGGCCAUGUCGAGUGUGAGGAAGGAAGCGAGGGCGGAAGGGGUGGAGAUGGGGAAGAUGGAGGUGUGGGUUAUCGACGUUGCAUAG